AUUCCCUCUCAAGUCUCGAGACCCACCACCGCACCCCGCGCUCGGCGGACUCUUUUGCUGCUGCACCUGCCAUCGUCACGCACCGGUGUGUGGAGCGAAGCCAGCGAGCGAGAAGUAGCCACAGAGCGGCCUCAGAGAGACGUGCAGAUCGAGAGAGAGACGAACAGAGAGAGCGAUUCAUGGUAGGUGCGAUGCGCGGCGGAGCCAUGGAGUUGGAGGACCGCCUGGCCACCCUUCCUCGCUUCCGCGGCGAUCACGAUGACGACGGCAAGGAAAGGAGGACAGGGACGGUAUGGACGGCAACGGCGCACAUCAUCACGGCGGUGAUCGGCUCCGGCGUGCUGUCGCUGGCGUGGGCGAUGGCGCAGCUGGGGUGGGUGGCCGGGCCGUUGACCCUGGUGCUCUUCGCGGCGAUCACCUUCUACACCUGCGGCCUCCUCGCAGACUGCUACCGCGUUGGCGACCCCGUGACGGGCAAGCGCAACUACACCUACACCGAGGCCGUCAAGAGCAACCUGGGCGGCUGGUACGUCUGGUUCUGCGGCUUCUGCCAGUACGUCAACAUGUUCGGCACAGGCAUCGGCUACACCAUCACAGCCUCCAUCAGUGCAGCGGCCAUCAACAAGUCCAACUGCUUCCACUGGCACGGCCACGAUGCCGACUGCAGCCAGAACACCAGCGCCUACAUCAUCGGCUUCGGCGUGGUGCAGGUCAUCUUCAGCCAGCUCCACAACUUCCACAAGCUGUGGUGGCUCUCCAUCAUCGCCGCCAUCAUGUCCUUCUCCUACUCCGCCAUCGCCGUGGGCCUCUCCCUGGCGCAGAUCGUCAUGGGCCCCACGGGGAAGACCACCAUGACCGGCACCCUGGUCGGGGUGGACGUGGACGCUGCGCAGAAGGUGUGGAUGACGUUCCAGGCGCUGGGCAACGUGGCCUUCGCGUACUCGUACGCCAUCAUCCUCAUCGAGAUCCAGGACACGCUGCGCUCCCCGCCCGCCGAGAACAAGACCAUGCGCCGCGCCACCAUGAUGGGCAUCUCCACCACCACCGGCUUCUACAUGUUGUGCGGCUGCCUCGGCUACGCCGCGUUCGGCAACGCCGCGUCGGGGAACAUCCUCACCGGCUUCGGCUUCUACGAGCCCUUCUGGCUCGUCGACUUCGCCAACGCCUGCAUCGUCGUGCACCUCGUCGGCGGCUUCCAGGUCUUCUGCCAGCCGCUGUUCGCGGCCGUCGAGGGCGCCGUGGCGGCGCGGUACCCCGGGUCGACGCGCGAGUACGGCGCCGCGGGCCUCAACGUCUUCCGCCUCGUGUGGCGCACGGCGUUCGUGGCUGUCAUCACGCUGCUGGCCAUCCUCAUGCCCUUCUUCAACAGCAUCCUGGGCAUCCUCGGCAGCAUCGCCUUCUGGCCGCUCACCGUCUUCUUCCCCGUCGAGAUGUACAUCCGGCAGCGGCAGGUGCGAAGGUUCAGCACCAAGUGGAUAGCGCUGCAGAGCCUCAGCUUCGUCUGUUUCCUCGUCACCGCCGCCUCCUGCGCGGCCUCCGUGCAGGGCGUGGUCGACUCGCUCAAGACCUACGUGCCGUUCAAGACGAGGUCGUGAGCUCCUGCUGCUUAGUUAUUAUACAUGUAGCAUACAUACUACUCGUGCCUCCUUUGUAGUGGCACCGAAACAAACUGAGCAAACUCAGCCAAAUUAGUUAUGCGGGAGUUUAAUUUUGAACUACUAGUAUGUUGCUGUCGAAUGCAACAAAACUAAUAACGUUUACAGUUUUUCUAUUUGGCAUC